GUGCACGGGUUUGGGGAUGUCCUUGGAAAAGGGGAAGCACCACUGUGGGGGCCUGGGUACAGUCUCCCUGGAAUGGGACAGAGGGAAGGAUGGGGUGCAGGUCCCUGGCUCGUUGUGUGGAUGGUCAGCGCUGAGCUCAGAGCUGGGAGGGAGCUGUGUGCCAGGCAUCCUGGCCCCACGGGAACCCCAGAACUGCAGGGCCCUCAGGGGAAGCUGCCCUGCAUCAGCCUAAGCUGAGGGGUGCCAGAUGCACCAAACAGGGUAGAACAGCACUUGGGGAGUCGAGUGUCCCAGCAGCACAGGAGGGCUCUGCUGCAGGUGGGCAGCUCAGGGGACUCAGACUGGAGCUGGUUUCCAGCCACCUCUCCACACUGGAGCAACCCAGCCGAGUGGUGCCAUGACCCUUCUUGCUGCUGGCUGGGCUCACAAGCUCCCUGCAGGUUCAGGGCUGUAGCUCCUGCACCUUGGGAGCCAGCAGCUGAAAAUAGCUCUGCUAAGGCGGAGGUGCUGGGGGGGCAGUAGCCGGGGCCCCUGCUUGGCCAGCACCUGCUGCUCCCAGGGCACUUAGGGCACAAGGACAACAGCUCACUGUGGGCAAAGACAGGGGCAAGGACAGUUUCUGCCCUAAAGGCAGGGAAGAAGGACAGGCAGGGGCUGAGGGGCAGCGUGAUUGGAACAUUCCUUAUGUCUGUUGAAGGCAACAGAGAGUGGUGCAAGGAGAUGCAUGGGGAUGAUGCUGACCAGGAGAGAUGCUCACCUGAAUCCUAGCAUCUCUCUGGGCCAUGCCUGGGGCUGACAUGUUCCCAUGUUUGAUGUCACUCCUGGAGUGCCUUUCUCUUCCAGCCAGACAGGAUCCAUCCCCCUCCCUCAGAGCUGCCCCAGGAGCACGGCAGCAAGUGAUGGCCAUCAUGAGACCAGGCCCUGAAGACGCCUCCUCAGAGCCCCAUCUGGACCUGGGGAAGAAGAUGAGCACAACACACGACCUGAUGAUCGAGGAGCUCUCCCUGCCAAACAACCGCGGCUCCCGGCUCUUCCAGCAGCGCCAGAAGCGGGUGCAGCGCUUUGUCUUUGAGCAUCCCAGCGGCUCCAGGCAGCUCCCAGGGCAAGGGGCAAGCAGCUCCCACCACACUGGGAAAGGUGGUCCAGAAGGAACAGUGAAUGAACAGAUGGCAGGUGAGAAUGCCGGGGGCCAGGAGAAUUAUCACUCUGAGCUCCACGUAGCAGCAUCACCCCAAGGUGGCCCCCCAGAAGUACCCAAAAAGUCAGAGAAGGUCUUGCACAUGAGCAAAGUCCUGAACCCCAGUGCCCUGGCCCCAGGGUACUCCAGCCCCCUCAAAGAAAUCCCCCAUGAGAAGUUCAAUGCCACUGCCAUCCCCAAGGGCUACCGGUCCCCGUGGCAGGAGCUCUUUGGUGACAGGGACAACGCUGUGUAUAGCAAGAACCCGCCGCCCAUGAGACCCCCUGCGUGGGACUUCAGGAGCUUCAACAGGACUCCAGCCCCAUUUGACAGGGCUCUGGUUGGUGAGCUGUUCUCCUUGCCCACCGUAGAGCUGGAAAACCUGAGUGUGCUGGAGGUGAUUUCCCACAGGCCCAACUUCAACAGGGUGGCCCAAGGCUGGGUGCGGAUCCUGCCGGAGAGCGAAGAGCUGUAGGACGUGCACUCCCUUCCCCAUGGCCACAGAUGGUUCCCUCACUGGGCUCGGACACGCUCGCAGGGGAGGGGAGGGAGGGCAGGUAUCCUUCAUGGAAGCUCAGCUGGUGGGCUUGGAUCAUCAUCUUUGAGUGGGGUUUGAUUGAGCUCAAGUGUGGGACCAUUCUGAGUUCCCCUUGCAGUCAGUGCCAAGCCAACCAGACAAAUCCUCGCUGUUAAUCCAGCAGAUCCCUGCAAGCUCCCGUACAGCCUGUCCUCUUCCCUGCCUCAUGGAAAACAGCAGCACCACCAGCUGCAACACACCAAAGCUGCCUCUCUGCAUCCUCACUAGCACACGAGACCUGCUUGGACAGCUGGUGCUUUUGCAGAGAAAUUCCAUCUUCAGGACAACUCUGCAUCUGUCAUUCCAGUCAGGACGCAGAGAAGAGGCGAUAAUGGAAGAGCAGUAGCAAAACAAGUUGCUUGAGGCAUUGGCAUGUUUAAAGCAGCUACCCUGAGCUUGGCUGGACAACAAAAACAAAUGGAGUUGGAAUCUACCUGUUUACCAACACAGCACAGCCACGGCAGAUGGGAGAGGAAUGCUGGGAGUUGGAAACUUGUGCUCUGUUUUCCAGAAGCUACUGCCUAGCACUUGGCAGCUAUUUCCCCCCUCCUACCGCUCUUUGCAUGUCUUGCUUGAACAUCUAAUCUAGCUCUUGGAGUGACUUAUGACAGAUUUGCUUCAUGUAGUUGGUCAAUGAUCAGGCCUGACCUGGACUUGCUGCCCUGCAGAACCACACCAGCAUGAGGAUGCUGCCAGGGUGUUCUGGUAACUUCAACACCAGUGGGAAGGAAAAGCAGCACGGCUGUGCCUCCAGAGCAAGCACAGGCUUUCUUGGGAACGUGAAAAUCAGCAAUGAGGAUCCAACUACACCAACAUUUCCAGCAGUGACACACAGUGGAACGUGCAGCUAACAACAGCCUACAAUCACCAGAAUACCUGGGGAACCCCAUUCUCAAAAACCUCUGACUCAACAAAGGCUUCCUUCAAUUGCUUUUGUCAGGUUCUUAACAUUAUCCUUUCUUAUACUCCCAAAAGCAUCAGGAUAAAAGUUCUUUUUUCCACCACUGUGGUUAAAUGGGGCAAGUAAACGUUGUGGUAAAAAUGCAGUUAGCAGCUGCCUCAUUUGUGAAGUUUGUAAUGCUGUGCAGAGUAAACCCCACGCAGGGAUUCUGCUGCCACAACAUAUCAUUCAGGUGGGAAGCUUUCAUGACUCUGUUUCCCACAGAAGCAGAAGGGGGCAAGCAAACAGAAAGAAAAAUGGUUUGUUCCUUAGAAACAAUAAAUCUAUGAUGUUUAACUGCAGCCCUGUCCCAAUUCCAUUUCUCUCCUCUUUGUCCAGCAUCUGCAGAACCUAGGCACCCUGGGUAACUGGCUGGAAAUAAUAAAUUGGGAUGAUGUGAAGCCUCCUGCAUGCCAAAUCUGU